AACUGGCCUCUAACGAACCUGGAUCUCCCUUUGAAAUACUCCGGGGUCUUCCCUACUGCUAGGCCUCGGAGUUCUAAGCCCCACCCCUUCAGAACGGCCUCCUUAGCCCCGCCCCUUUACACGCCCCGCCCGCCAUUAGGCCCUCUCCCUAAGCCCCGCCCAUUAGGAACUCCGCCGCGGAGCUCCUCUCUGGGAUCUCUCAUGCGCCCCUCCCCCAAAACAAUUUACUCCUGAACUCCCAAGACCCUCCCUGUCCAUCGCCGCCCAGAAGGCCCAUCCACCAUGGACCGGCCCUUCUCCAGGACGCACUCACUGGUGUGCGUCUUGGGCGUCCUGUCUCUCCUUUCCCGGGCCCUCAGACCUCGCCCCCUAGUGAAUGCUCCCUUCUCGCCCAUGCCUUUCGAACCCAGCAAGCACUGAGCCCCUUCCGUCCAGUACCCAAAGCGCAGACCCUCGCCUCUUUAGAACGCUGAGACCAGGCCAUGUCCCGGACCCCCUCCCCAAUGCUUAGGCGCUCAUGGCUGGGAAAGCAGGGUAUCCUUUCUGGAUCCUGAGAAAAUGGGGGCUGAGGGGCUGUUCCCUGGAGCCGGUGCCGGGCUCUAGGACCCAGCGGGCAAGUACUCCCGCCUCGCGUUUACACCACCCCAAGCCUCUCCCUCCCCUUCCCAUCUUCCAAGCUCCCCCUCCCUACCCCCCCCCCCCUCCGCCCCGGCUCCGGGAGCCCGUCUCUAGCGCCGCCGGAGCAAGCGAGGGAGCCGGAGCGAAAAGGAGGAGGAGGAGGAGGCCACGUCGCUGCCGCUCGGAGCCCGGCCGGAGCCUCCCAGGCAGGUACAUGGUUCGGGUCCGAGCUGUGGUGAUGGCCCGAGAUGACUCCAGUGGGGGCUGGCUGCCUGUGGGGGGCGGGGGCCUCAGCCAGGUGAGCUUAUGUCGGGUCCAAGGGGCCAGGCCCGAGGGGGGGGCCCGCCAGGGGCACUACGUCAUCCACGGGGAGCGACUCCGGGACCAGAAAACCACCUUGGAGUGUACCCUGAGGCCAGGCUUGAUUUACAACAAGGUAAACCCUAUCUUUCAUCACUGGAGCUUGGGUGACUGCAAGUUUGGGCUGACAUUUCAGAGUCCUGCAGAAGCUGAUGAGUUCCAGAGGAGCCUGUUGGCAGCACUGGCGGCACUGGGUCAAGGUUCACUCACUCCCUCCUCCUCCUCUUCCUCCUCCCCUUCCCAGGACACUGCAGAGACCCCCUGCCCUCUGACGUCCCACGUGGACAGCGACUCCUCCUCCAGUCACAGCCGCCAGGAGACCCCUCCCACCACCACUGCAGCGGCCCCCCAGGUCAACGAAGAGUCAGCUUCCAGCUUCGGGCCAGCCACGCCCCCCCAGCACCGAUGCUCCUCCACUCAGAGCUAUCCUCCGCUCCUACCGUUCACAGGAUUUCCGGAGCCCUCAGAGCCCCUGGCCGGGGCAGGGGGACUGGGCUGGGGCAGCCGUGGUUAUGAGGAUUACAGGCGCACCGGGCUGCCCUCGCCCCGCACUCUGUCCACCUGCGUUGUUCGCUUUGCCAAGACUGGCGCGUUGAGGGGUGCAGCCCUGGGGCCCCCAACCGCUCUACCUGCCCCUCUCCCAGAGGCUGGACCUCCCGCACCAGCCAAGUCCUCCCCCGAGGCAGAGGAGGCUGCACGCUGCGUGCAUUGCCGCGCACUCUUCCGCCGCCGAGCAGAUGGGCGUGGUGGCCGCUGUGCGGAGGCCCCGGACCCGGGUCACCUGCUGGUGCGCCGUCUCAGCUGCCUGUGGUGUGCAGAGAGCUUGCUCUACCACUGCCUGUCGGAUGCCGAGGGCGACUUCUCGGACCCGUGUGCCUGCGAGCCAGGCCACCCACGCCCUGCUGCACGCUGGGCUGCGCUGGCCGCACUCUCCCUGGCGGUGCCCUGCCUUUGCUGCUAUGCGCCCCUGCGCGCCUGCCACUGGGUUGCAGCGCGAUGCGGCUGCGCGGGCUGCGGAGGUCGCCACGAGGAGGCAGUGCGGUGAGGCUGGCCUGGUGGGCCCAGAAUUGAGGGUCCAGGACCCCUGGGCUCUGUUCGGAACCCAAAUCUAAACUUAGGCACACCUGGAACUUGAAGCUCGAGUUUAGAUUGAGAGACCCCAGACCUGGAACUUGGACUCCAAAUCUAGGAUUGAGGGAUCCCAGGCCCAGCUUCAUUGAGCUGUCUACCUAAGAGGUCCCAGGCGUCCUGAGUUCUGGCAUCCUCAUCCUGCUGUGCCCCUUCCCCCAUGACCUAGACUGAGGCGACUCCAGUCAUCCCCAGGCUCUACACCUCAGGGCACACAGGUCCCUGACAGAGUCAGGGCCCUGAACCCUGACAACCUGCAGAUUACAUCCCCAGAACUAGUCAGGAGUUUCGAAUACCUGACCCUGCCUGUAUACAAUUACUCCCAGAUCUUGAGAUCACAGGACCCAGAAUCACCCCAAAUGUUCCUGAAUGCUCAUCUAAAACCUGGGGCACCCAUAUCUGAGGUGUUCUAGCCCUAGGACCCCUAAGACACCAAGCCCUCUUAAGAUGCCUUGGGUUCUAGGAUAUGCUCAAACAGAUGUUCUCUGACCAAAAUGGCUUGGGAGACCCACCUCAUAGCCUCACUCCUUCCCCACACCCCACCCCAGUCCCCCAAUCCAGACAUCAGAUUCCAAGAUACUCUGGGAGUCAGAGAUCAAAGACCACUGAAGACAUCCCAUCCCUCACCGCAACCUCCCCAGCCAAUGUUUCCAGGAGCUUUGAAUCUCAUAUAUAGGACGCUGAGGUGCCUAUUACUUUCAGAUUAGGACUGAAGGUCACCAACACCUCAGGACCCAAGACACUGGUACCAUAUCCUCAGCCCUCUUGGACUUAGAUUGUAAGUCCCAGAUUGUCCUGGAAUCUUCAGCUUCUUUGUACCCACAGACAGAGGAUGGGUUGUUCAUGACAACCCUGACCUCUGUCCACUUGCUCCCUAGCCUAGAGUGACCCCAAGGUGCCACUGACCUUUCAAAUUCAGGGCUAAAGUCUACACAGCAUUGGAAUUAUCCCAGACCUGAGAUCUUGGUCCCUUCAUACCACAGUGAGAUUUGAAAGUGCCCCAGGACCCCAGCAUCCUCAAUUCUGAUUUCUUUGAACUCAAAUCUCUCUAGUGUGAUAUUCCCUGUGAUCUGCUGCCCCUUGAAUUCUUCUAUCCAUAGGCCCCUGAGACCCCAAGAUCCCAGACUCUGGAAUUCUCGUUCCAGAGUCAUUCUCCCUUCCCCCUCUCCUUCCCUCCCCCCGCAUGUCCCCAGCAUACCACAUAAUUAUCUCUUUACCUUAGAGGGGGGAAAAAACCACCAUUGUGAGCUUAGGUUUUUGGAUUCUAGGACCACUGAGUUCCUUCACUCUCAACAUUUCCAUAGAUGAUUGUGCAGACUAUUCACUAACCAAAGGCACCUGGCUAAGGUGGUGAGUGGGCUGGAAUUCACACCACACUGCUGACCACACUACUCUCAGAGGAAGGUGUGCCUUUUUCUACGUUGCACAAAGGCACCUUUGGGGCUAGCUGUGGCUCUGCUGGCGUACACACAUACUCUCCAGCCAUCCAGGCUCUUUCCCAAGCCCAAUCUUGAGUCCUGGUCCUAGUCCAAGCUUUCUAUGCUUCACCCUCCAUUAGCCCCUUCUCUUGCAUCUCAGAGUUGAGGGUUGCUUCAGAAAGUUUGAAAGCUUGUUUCAUGCCCCCCUAAGACUCCUGUUCAGGGGAAAGAGGAUGCCAAAGAUUCUUUCCCUUGCGUGGAAUGGACUUCAGGGUCCCUCAGAUCUGAUGGCCUGAAUAGGGAUGAGGGGAUCAAGGUCUUGGAGCAACACCAUCUUAACUCAGUGUAUGGGCUUGGAGCCUGCAUCUGGUCCCAAGCAUCUGGAAUUGUGCACUUACCUUCCUUCAAUACCCAGACUUGGGUGGCAUGGUUCAAGGACUGAGUCAGGGGGGCUAGAGAGAGAGAGCUUUCUGUUACUUUAAAUGAUUAACUAUUUCUUACAUCUGAACCUGUGAGAUUCAGCUCUCCCAACCAGACCCUGGGAUGGGUAAGAGAAAAAGGGGGUGUCCCUCUCAUUCCCACUCUGCCCAGCUCUCAUCACUGUUAGCACCACCAUAGCUGAGACAGAGGGACUGGGGGCUGGGGCCCCCUGGGCCCCCAUCCCCCUCUCUGUGCCUCCAGUCUCCUCCCUUCUGUGGUGGACAAGGGAAAGCUCCAUUCUUAACCUACCUCGUUUUGGGGAGGGGUGGGACAGGGGACCAGAAUGCUGUAAGGUGCUGUGGGAUCUGCAAAUGAAGCGGUGGGGGCUGGGGGAAAGUUCCCCCAACACCACCUCGACAAGGUCUCCCAGUCCUGCGCCCUGAUGAUACCCACCUCUGAUCCAUGAAUUCUCUUCAUCACCCCAAAAUUGGGUGCAUGGAGGGCUGAUCUUGGGAGCCAGGAAGACCUCACACCCUGGAGCCCCCAGGCCUAAUUUCCCAGCUGCUUGCCCCUCAGACUGAAUACUUCGUCUCCCAGAUUUAGAGGAGGCACCCUGACAUUUAUCUUCCUGAUCUUGAUUCCAAGCCAGUCUGUGACCUCAAUAUUGUUACUGUCAGUGCAGCUGAAGUGGUGAGGGGGCCAAAGACCCAGCCUUGUCAUCGGAGGAGGGGGCAUGAGAUAUUCACUCCAAGAAAUGUCUUCGACAAAGUCUCA